GACAAUUGAACAGAAAAGUGGAUGACACAGUCCUGAGUCGCAACAGGUAGAUACCACACGGGCGACAUCAAACCCGAAGAGGUCUAUAAAAUAUUCGUUAAGUUUUUUUUUACUAUUAGAAAAAAGUUUACAAUUUAAUGCAGUAAUAGGAUUACAACAAUUGUCAAUAAGUGUUUUGUGGGAACAGUUUUAAAACAUGUACAACCAAACAUACGACGAUGAGGCGCCAAUACCUCUGAUAGCGAAUUAUACAGUCGUAAAAGAGGGGGAGGAAGAAGAGAAGAGGGAGACAGAAGAUAGAGUUAUUCUAGAAAUAGGACGGCAAGACGACAAACCCAAAGAGGAACACACGUUCUCCCAUAAGAAGUAUGAUAAAACUAUAUCGCACCAUAGAUCUUAUGUUUUAGACGAUUACGAACCUAGAAGGGUGACAUACUUCAGACCCCAUGAAUUGGAGCAUCAAAGUCAUGAAGGUCCAAGAUACUAUGAGCAGGAGUUCAGAGAGAGCGUGGUGCAGGACACAGCCAAUUCGGAAUCAUCAUUAGAUUUCUCGCACGAGUCCCAGGAUACCGGUAAAUAUGGCGUGGAUGAGACCGCACAAGAAACUAUUAUGAAUUGGAAAGAACGGGCGUUGCAGCUUGAAAAAGAGUACAAGAAGACUGCAUGUGAUCGAGAGAGAACAAGAAUGCGAGAUAUGAACCGUGCAUUCGACUUGCUACGCUCCAAACUGCCAGUCACUAAGCCGUCCAAGAAGAAAUACUCAAAGAUCGAAUGUCUUAGGAUAGCAAUAUCUUACAUCAGACAACUGGAGUAUAUGCUGGCUGGUGGCUCCCCGGAAAAUAAUCCGGCUUUCUUUGAAAUACACGUGUCGGAUUUGAGAAGACGCCAGCAUAAGUUUUAGCGAGGAAUCCAGGAUUGUUAACGUAUAAGAAACGCGAAGCUAAGAGUAGUAUUGUUUGUUCAAGUCAUUAAAUUACAUUGGCCUAAAGAAUUGUAUAUUAAACUGUUAUGUAUAACACUAAAGCUUAUAGAUAAAGUGAUCAAUAAGGCCGUUAAUAAACUGGCAUAACCCUAAUUAUAUCGGUUCACAGUUAUUUAACCCUUCUUUGCAUGAUUUUUUUUAUUAGUGAAAUAAAUCAAGCUGAUAUAAUUAAUCAAAUCAUAUCCAAAAUUAAAGAAAAAAUGGUUAAAAAAAAUAAAUUUGACAGCUAUGUUUUUUUUCUGCAAUGGACAUUAAAAAGGUAUCCAGACACGAUCAACUUAAAGUGAACUUGCUCUUUUAUAUAAUUUUUGGGCAUUCAAUGUUAUGAUGGAAAUUUCCACCAUUAUGCAAAGAAGGAUUAAAGCAAUAAACACUUUUCUGUGAACAUCAAUAGUAACAUAUUGUUUCUAUUGAAUGUGAUGUUAGCUCUUAUAAGAGCUAACUAAACGUGCCACCUGUAGCAGUGUUUGAUCAAUUAUCGAUACUUACAAUAGGAGUUAUUGUACGAAGCGCCAGUAAGAUUAGCUUUGAGAGAAAUCUUGGCGGUCACCGCCUCGGGGUAAUUAAAUGCACACGCAAUUCUGAUUUCGGUAUGUAAAACUAUGUCUAAAAAGAAUCUAUUUAAUU